GUUAGGACCGGGAACGAGAACAUAGCCCGCCAUUUACGACUUCCACAACCAAAAACAGACGCUACACGACAUAACAAGGCCAUCAUCUCCUGCGCAUCGAGGCUUUCCCCAACCACAGAAAAAAAAAAGAAAAAAGAAAAAAGAAAAAAGAAAAAAACGCUUUCCCAUCCUCCACCGCUCCAAAGUGCCCCUCUUUCUGCGUGCGAGAAGAAAGAAAGAUAGAUAGAUAGAUAGAUGACGACGACCAACUCCCCCUCUUCAAAAUCAAAAGCAUCAUCAUCGACAACAGCAGCAGCGUCUUCGCCUUCUCCGCCAACAGCAGAAAAGGGAGUGGUGGAUAACGCCCUCCACGCACUCGGCUUCGAGUACACCCUCAUCUCACCGGAGAAGGUCAUAGGUCGACUCACGGUCACCCUAACAUGCUGCCAGCCUUUCAAGGUGCUGAACGGAGGGGUGUCGGCGCUGAUAGCCGAAUCGACGGCGAGUUUGGGGGGGUACGUGGCGUCCGGGUACCGAAGGGUGUUCGGGGUGCAGCUCUCCACCAACCAUAUCAAGCCGGCCAUGCUCGGCGAGCAAGUCGAAGCAGAAGCGACGCCCGUUCGGGUGGGCAGGACCAUCCAGGUAUGGGAGGUGCAGAUUCGGAAAAUAGAUCCCUCAACCUCUUCGAGCAAAGUACUUCUGUCAACAUCUCGGGUUGUUCUGUUAAGUAACAUGGAAGCUCCAAAGGAGAUGAAAGAAUACGAAGAGAAAAUCAAGAAGUAUGCAAGGUUGUAAACUAGGAGAAUCGAGUUGACUGGCUGUGAAUGUUCCGACAAAUAUACAAGCAUAAAGGUUGCCCAAAAAGAGUAGAUGCAAACUUUUACACACUCAUGCUCCACUCUCUAUUGUAUGGUUUUACUAUAUCAAAAGCUAUUCAUUUUCAGCAUUGCGAGUCAUGUAACAAAGAGGUGCUCUUUGACAAUAGCCAAUAAUCAUCCACGAAAGUUGAUUCUAA